ACAGCUCUAGUCAGUUGAUGGAGAGCGCGCGGCCGCGUAUAACGCGUUGUGCGCGCUUGUAUACUUUAUUUUCCGAACUCACGCAAAUAUUUUUUCUUUUAUCUCAAAAAAAAAAGAAAAUAGGUUUACCGUUUACGAACUGGCAAAACGUGUGGAAGUGUUGUGAUUCUUGUGGGUCUUUGUGAAUUUGGAACCUUUUUUUUCAUCUCAUCUCGAGCCAAAGUAACGGCACCACGAUGCUGCAACAGAUCCUGCGAGACAUGUGGGUGGACCCGGAGAUCCUCGCCGAGCUCGACGAGACCCAGAAACAGACGCUCUUCUGCAAGAUGCGAGAAGAACAGGUGCGUCGAUGGCAAGCGUGGGAUCAGAAGGUCAGCAAAGAGGAGACUGACCGGCCAAAGUUUCACUCCAACGCCAAGAAGCAAGUGCAGUUCCUGAAGGGGGAAGAUGGCGAACCAUGGGUAUGGGUGAUGGGUGAGCACCCAGAGGACCAAUCAAUCGAGACCAUACUCACAGAGGAAGCUCGUCAACGCGCGCUUGCGCAGGCUCGUGAGGAGGCGCACCAGCUGCGCAAAUCAGUCGAGAAGGAGCUCACCCAUCUGAUUGACUACAAACCUAUGGAUAGCUUAGAACAGAAGUUCGACCUAUCACCAAAAACUGUGGAUUCCCUGGACCUGGAAGACACUCUGGAUCUCUACUGCACCGUGGAUGAACUCCGGCAAAGGAUCGCGGCUUUGGAACCAGAAGUGAAGGAGAAAAGUGACAGUGAGGCGGACAAAGAGUACAAAGACUACUGCGAUGAUAACCUCAAACUGAACCUUAAGAAGAAUACGCUGCAGUUCAAUUUUAUUGAAGGCAAAAGAGACGUUAUUCAGGAUUCAGGUCUGCCCCGCAACGGUGACGGAGUGAGUUUGCGCGUAGCGGCGUGGGAGCGACGCGUGGCGGCGGCGAGGGCGGGCGACAUCUUACGAGGUCUGAGAGCGAGACGCGCGAGAACCUUGAGAGAUGCGCAGCUGCAAGCUCAGGAUGAGGAUGCUGUGUGGAGAGAACAAGAGCGCAAAGCUAAAGAAGCAGAGGCGGCGAUGCGAGAGAUUGCACGCGCGGCUCGAGAGGCGCACCGGCGCAGCGUGGACUUCACGCCGCCUUGUCACGUCCCAGCCGGUAAACCGCCAAACAGAGAGGCAGUGCUCGAGUGGUUCAGAACACAAGAACUCAAACGAGCAGUCGGUCUGGACGAAAACAACAAGCCCGUCAACUGGUUCCAUGGUUUGAUCACACGGUCAGAAGCGGAACAGACCCUGUCACAACAACCAGAGGGGAGUUUCCUAGUACGUCUGUCGGAGCGCGUGUGGGGGUACGCCAUCUCGUACCGCGCCGCGCGCUGCAAGCACUACCUGGUGGACGCCAGCGAUGGGUACAGGCUGCUUGGCGCUGGACAGAUCGCGCAUGAGACUCUCGCCGACCUCAUCAACUACCACCGGAAGGUGCCCAUCACGGAGAGCGGCGGGGAGCUGCUGGCGGCGCCGUGCGCGCCCAAGCACGUGCCCGUCAUUUAACCGCCAUUUUGUCGCGUUCCUAAUACAGUUAGCAUUUAUUGAGAUAAGCGCACGCGCAAUCAUUUGACAUCAAAUUGCGCGGUUAGUAUAAGCCAUUAAAGUUGGUCGCACACUACCAUAAGGGCCGCAAGCAAACGGAACCCAUACUGUCUGUCUGUCAGCGUAAUAAGUGAAGAGUUAAAAUUUUCACAAAGUGAUUUCUAUUCGCGCUAUAAAAACAAAUAAUUUCUCCCAUAAAUCUUGGCGAUAACUCACAAGUCACAAACUCUUUCUUAGCCGCUUUUUAACAAAAGGACGGUACUAUCCACGGAUAGAAGUUUGUAUAGGGCUCUCUCUGUUACGUUAUUCCAUACAAAUAACAAAGACAAAAAACCCAGGGGGGCGUUAAACUAUUUUGAGUGGCCAACCAAUCUCCUUAAACUCUAUUUAAAACUGUUUUCUGUAAACUCUGUAUAAAAAGAGUGAAAUUCAAUUUGAAAAAAAAAACAGGUGCGUUUGUGAUUGGUUGGUGACUCAAAAUGGUUAUCUCUCACUGAUUUUUGCGUCUAUCAUUUGUAUGGGAUUACGUUACAGAGAGAGCGUUAUACUUACUGACUUCUUUCCGUGGAUAGGAUAUAGCUUCAUAACCUAUUCCGGCUACAUAAACGCGCACAUAGCUUGUAACUCUUGAGAAUCAUCUCGUAGUAAGCGACCGCUUAAGUUGAGUCUACACUAUGCAUAUUAAACGUAACAUUAGUUUUAAAAUGUUACAUAGUAAUUAGAUAACAUUGUAAUAUUAAUGCGUGUAUAAUAUGAGUGUAUUGUAACAAUAUCGAGUAAACUAUUAGUAUUAAAUUUGUGUUUGUAAAUGUAACAUUCGUAAAAUAUUUACAUUUCAGUAUUGAGAAAUGUGUUAUAUUUUAUAAUGUUACAUUAUUAGACAUGUUAUGUAGAAAAGUUAAAUAAUGUGUAACAAAACGUCAGGGUUCACUGUUAAGGCUAAUUCUAAAGAACAAAGUAUGUGAGGGUUAAAAGUAGCGUCAUCCUUUUCACAAUAUUCUUGGCGGAAAAGAAAUAGCCUUAUUUCCACUUGUGUUACUUAAGUUUGAUUUGAAUUGGUGUACAUUAUUUGACAUGUAAUAUAAGGGACCAUUUAAAUAAGCAGUCAAUAUAUCUAUAGUAUUUAGUCAUUAAGUCGUAGUUUGUAAUACAUUAUAAUAUUAUAAUUGAGAUUAUGACAUUAAUCGCUUAAAAUAGUAAUUAGUAUCUUCUGUAGCAGUAUGUAGCCCCAAAACAUAAAAUUAUAAUACGACUUUGAGUAUUUAUAAGCUUUCUUGAAAAGUUAUAAGGAAAUCAAUGAGUACCUACUUAUGAUAUUUUUCUUUAAUGGUGCUAAGUACUUUUCUUUUAAACUUUCCUUUUUGAGAAUAACUAGGACUCAUAUCUUGUUUAUUACUGUGAUUGUGGAUUUUAAGGUUCGCUUGCACUACUACUACCACAGAUAUUUUAUAUAUCUGUCCUUUUCUUAUCAACCUUGGAAUAAACUUGUUAAAAAUGACAGUAGGUAUUAGUUACAAUUGGUGCAAGUGUGAACAUACAAAUUUUGGAUGCGCUUUGCAUAUAUUUAUACUCCCAGACAUAAUACUCCCAGAGUGUGGGGUGAAUUAAAAACUAUGCCAAAGUUUCGCAAUCGGUUUCGCAACAGUGCAACCAGCGUUGUUUCUUCGAGGUAUUAUGCUUAGUGUACGCUUGUCUGCUACUUUUAUAUUAUGCGGACUAGUCAAAACUCUAAUAAAUAAAAACACUCAAAAAAUCACUGUUUAUUUAUUCUUAUUUGAGAAAAAUUAACAUGAACAACGUAUUUUUUUUUCAAAUUAGAAUAAGUAAUCAAGGGUAUCUAGAUUCGUUAGUAACUAAUUUAUCAAUGGAUCAAUAACUUUUACCCGAUAAAUGACUAUGUUAUGUAGCAUCAUUGAAGCUCCGUUGACUAGCGGCAUGUAAGCGUACAGUAAGUCAGUAAACGUAAAAUUAUGAAGGAACGCUUGAUCGAUGACACUUGUGGCUUGACUAUAAUAUUAUGCCAUCUAACGUAUGCGUAGAAUAUUGACGAUUGAUCUUGUGUUUAUUGUUUAGUCAUUAACUGCCAAUUAGUUUAAUUAAAUAUUAUAUUAAAAUCUAAAUUAAA